AUGAGCUCGACCUUUCGACCCCUCCUCAACUUCUCUCCCCGCCUCUGCUCGAGAGUUUCAUCUUCAUCUUCUACCCUUCGACCCAAUCUCUUCACGAAGUCUGCUUUCGUGUCCUCUUCCAUUCCAUCCAUCAGAUACUUUUCUGCAACAACCGCCAACAUGACUAAGGCCUGGUUCAAGGUUGAGUGGGAGGGUCCCUCCGUCGACGCCAACGGUCGCCCUACCGGCCCUGCCAAGUUGCAAACCGGCACCAUCAACUUCAACCUCUUCAGCGACGUUGUUCCCAAGACCGCCGAGAACUUCCGUGCUCUUUGCACUGGUGAGAAGGGCUUCGGCUACAAGGGCUCUUCCUUCCACCGCAUCAUCCCUGAGUUCAUGCUCCAGGGUGGUGACUUCACCCGUGGCAACGGCACUGGUGGCAAGUCCAUCUACGGCGAGAAGUUCGCCGACGAGAACUUCCAGCUGAAGCACACCAAGCCCGGUCUGCUUUCCAUGGCCAACGCUGGCCCCAACACCAACGGCUCGCAGUUCUUCGUCACCACCGUCGUCACUCAGUGGCUCGACGGCCGCCACGUCGUCUUUGGCGAGGUUGCUGAUGCCGAGUCCUUGAACGUUGUCAAGGCUCUUGAGGCUACCGGCUCCCAGAGCGGUGCUGUCAAGUACAGCAAGCGCCCUACCAUCGUUGACAGCGGUGCCGAAUAA